GUUCGAAGUUCGAUCGAUGGGCAAUCCAAGGCUGGGUCGUGAUGUCAUUUCAGAAGUUCUCCAUUUCCCAUGACCAAGCGCCUAAAAGUUCACGCGAAUCGCGAGGUGUGCAUCGUGGGUAUCUCCCGCACUCCCAUCGGGUCCUUGCAAGGCUCGCUGGCGUCCAAAUCUGCCGUGGAGCUUGGCGCCAUAGCCAUUCAAAGUGCGCUGGAACGCAGCGGAGUGAGCGGUGACCUGGUGGAGGAAGUGUUUCUGGGCCACGUCAUUUCCGGCGGCACUGGCCAAGCGCCGGCGCGCCAAGCGGCGCUCAAAGCAGGCCUCCCCAACACAGUGCCGUGCUCCGCCAUCAACAAAGUGUGUGCGUCUGGCAUGAAAGCGGUGGCACUGGCGAGUCAGGCCAUCAUGCUAGGUCUGCGCGACAUUGUGAUUGCUGGCGGCAUGGAAAGCAUGACCAACGCGCCCCACAUGUCCAACACAUUGCGCGGCGGCGCUCGCUUUGGCGACGUUUCAUUUGUAGAUGCUAUCCAACGGGAUGGCUUGAAUGACGCGUUCGAUAACGUUCCGAUGGGAAACUUUGCUGAAGCCACCGCGGCCAAGUUCACCCUGUCGCGUGCCGACCAAGACGGGUAUGCUGCCUCCAGCUACCACAAGGCAGUGACUGCCACCGAACAAGGCAAAUUCAAAGCCGAGAUUGUACCCGUGCCCGUUGUGCUCAAGCGAGGGCACGCGCCGAGCUAUAUUGAACUCGACGACGAAGCAUUUGCUCGAUCCGUGUCGGUCGAGACGCUGGGGAAACUGCGUCCGUGCUUCACCCCCGCGGCGUCCGUCACGGCAGGCAAUGCGUCCCCCAUCAGCGACGGCGCCGCCGCGCUCGUGCUGGUGAGUCGCGAAAAGGCCAUCGAGCUGGGGCUUUCGAUUGUGGCGGUGGUGCGCGGUUUCGACGACGCAGCGCACGACCCCCAGUGGUUUACCACGGCGCCGUCCGUGGCCAUUCCAAAGGCAUUGCAACGGGCAGACUUGACGGUGGCGGAUGUCGACUUCUUUGAAAUCAACGAAGCGUUCUCGGCUGUGGCGCUCGCCAACACCCAGCUGCUGCAUCUGGACGCGAACAAGGUCAACGUAUAUGGUGGCGCGGUCGCCCUAGGUCAUCCCCUCGGCUGUUCUGGUGCCCGCAUUAUUGUCACGCUGUGCUCGGUCCUGGCUCAAGAGAACGGACGGAUUGGCUGCGCGGCCGUGUGCAAUGGAGGCGGCGGCGCGUCGGCCAUUGUCAUUGAGCGUGUGCCGACGUCAACUCCAGCGUAAUCGAUCGAUGUAUCACUGUCGUUCGUUGGCGUCGACACAUCUUAAUUAAACGACAUCUUGUUUGAACGUAUCAUUGAAUGUACGACACUCUGCUGUACCCCAACUAUUAAUAGUACUACACACC